AUGGCGGUGGCGCUGAGCGGCGGCGACUUCUCGGACCUUCGGGAGAUCAAGAAGCAGCUGCUGAGUGUGGCGGAGCGGAGCCGCGAGCGCGGCCUGCAGCACAGCGGGAAGUGGGCCUCGGAGCUGGCCUUCGCCCUGGACCCGCUGCCGCUGAACGAGCUCCCGCCGCCGCCCGCGCUCACUGAGGAGGAUGCUCGUGACUUGGAUGCCUAUACGCUGGCUAAGUCUUACUUUGAUCUGAAGGAGUAUGACAGGGCUGCGUAUUUUCUGCGGGGCUGCAAGAGCCAGAAGGCUUACUUCUUGUAUAUGUACUCUAGGUACCUGUCAGGAGAAAAGAAGAAGGAUGAUGAAACAGUGGAUAGUCUGGGACCUCUGGAAAAAGGGCAGGUAAAAAAUGAAGCUCUACGUGAAUUGAGAGUAGAGCUUAGUAAGAAACACAAAGCACGAGAACUGGAUGGAUUUGGCCUUUAUUUGUAUGGUGUGGUACUGCGGAAGCUGGACCUGGUGAAAGAAGCCAUAGAUGUUUUUGUUGAAGCUGCCCAUGUCUUACCUUUGCACUGGGGAGCAUGGUUGGAGCUUUGCAACUUGAUCACAGAUAAAGAGAUGUUGAAGUUCCUGGCCUUACCAGAUACAUGGAUGAAAGAGUUCUUUCUUGCACACAUUUAUACAGAGCUACAGCUGAUAGAGGAGGCUCUGCAGAAGUAUCAGAGUCUCAUUGAUGCAGGAUUUUCCAAAAGCACUUACAUCAUCUCUCAAAUUGCAGUUGCGUACCACAACAUCCGAGAUAUUGACAAAGCUUUAUCCAUCUUUAACGAGCUAAGAAAACAAGACCCUUACAGAAUAGAAAACAUGGACACUUUCUCCAACUUGCUAUAUGUUAGGAGCAUGAAACCUGAGUUAAGCUACCUUGCUCACAAUCUCUGUGAGAUAGACAAGUAUCGUGUUGAGACCUGCUGCGUAAUUGGAAAUUAUUAUAGUUUACGCUCCCAGCAUGAAAAAGCAGCACUCUAUUUCCAGAGAGCUUUGAAACUAAAUCCUCGAUAUCUGGGAGCCUGGACACUUAUGGGACAUGAGUAUAUGGAAAUGAAGAACACAUCUGCAGCUAUUCAAGCUUAUAGACAUGCAAUAGAGGUGAACAAAAGGGACUAUAGAGCCUGGUAUGGCUUGGGGCAAACCUAUGAAAUCCUCAAAAUGCCAUUUUACUGUCUCUAUUACUACCGACGGGCCCACCAGCUCAGACCCAAUGAUUCCCGGAUGCUGGUUGCUCUCGGAGAGUGUUAUGAGAAGCUCAACCAGUUGGUGGAAGCUAAAAAGUGCUAUUGGAGAGCUUAUGCUGUUGGUGAUGUGGAGAAAAUGGCAUUGGUGAAGCUGGCAAAGCUGCAUGAACAGCUGAAUGAAUCUGAACAGGCUGCUCAGUGUUAUAUCAAAUACAUCCAGGAUAUCUAUUCCUGUGGGGAGAUAGUAGAGCACCUGGAGGUCAGUACUGCCUUCCGUUACCUGGCCCAGUACUACUUCAAGUGUAAGCUGUGGGAUGAAGCCUCAGCCUGUGCUCAGAAAUGCUGUGCAUUCAAUGAUACUAGAGAAGAAGGGAAGGCCUUGCUUCGGCAGAUUUUACAACUUCGCAACCAAGGAGAAACCUCGUCCACAGAAAUUGCUGCUCCCUUUUUCCUUCCUGCAUCACUGUCAGCCAACAACACUCCCACACGUCGUGUAUCUCCACUCAAUUUGUCUUCUGUUACACCCUGAACAAUGCUUAUGAGUCUAACUAAUCUACGCAYUGAAUAUGGCAUUGCAGAUGGGACUUGUUCAGGUUACUGCAACUAAUUUUUUUCCAGUGAAGUCUUUUUCAUUCAGUGCUGCCUUCACUUGGAGGGUAUGGAUUGUUAUAGUCCACAAGUGUGCCCAAACAGGCAAAGGUGCCGCCUACCUGCAAGUGCCUAUGCUGAGACGUCAGAAUCUGCUGUACAUCUCUCCAGACCAUUCCAGUCAGAAGGCAUACCUAUUUCAAUACAUAUGAUUACUCAUAACUGAGAGUUGGGGAAGAGCUUGUCUGCUUGAGUUAAAAUAUGUUUGAAGUUUGCUGAUUUUACCCUGUUACCUCUUUCUUUUCUGAACUUCUUUGGAGGACUUCUUGUAUUAUUGCUGCCAACAUCAGAAACUGUUAUCUGCCUUGGCUGAUUAUGGACUUCUAUGUAUGUUCAACUACAUGGAAGAUGUUCCAUUAAAACAGAAUGGGACACUUAAAUCUGUCGUAGGCUAUGUGGGGAGAAAAUGGAAUUCGGAGAUGGAAGAUGUCAGAGGAAGUUCAAAUAUCCACAGARGAUAGCUGAUUGUUGUUCAAUCUGUGGUUCUGAGAUAUUUUGACUUUGGGUAGAAAAGCAGUCAAUAGGAUGAUACAAUUAAAAAAAAAAGUUUCUAUCCAUGGGCUUUUUCAUGCUGCAACUUUCAUGUGUACUGUAGCAAAUGAAAUUGGGUGAACCAGGAGGGAUUGAUUUGCUAUGGAUUGUUCCAGGUCUGUGGAUGCAGGAGAUUUCUUCCCUCCAUGUCUGUUGGGUGCACAAUGUGCUCACAUCUGGCCAAUUCUGAGGAUGAGUGUGAUUUAUAGUGAUGCAUGCAUUCACUGCAGAUGUGACCACAAACAGACAAGAGCAUGGUGCUUUUACAGGCACUCAGAUAAAACAUGAACUGCAGAAAUGGCCUGAUCCUGUUCCUGCUUGCUGACCAAACAGGCUGAAAGUUUGCUAGAGGAACAUGAAUAUGCGCUUAGUGAUGCUAACGGUCUCCAGUUUCUGACGAGGACUACAGUCUUUCCAGCAUCCAUAUCUGGAUUCUACACAUUCCUAUGAAAGAAAUGCUUUCAACAUAGGGAGCAUGCUCAUACAGGAAAUAGAGUUUUACAGAAGUAUAGAACAUGCUGUGGUGAUUAAGUGCAAUGCUUGGCCAGGCAGAGACKCCUGACCAACAGCCUGCUUACUCACAUUUGUCUGCUUUUAUUCUCUCCAUCACUUCUCUUUUACCAUACUUGUUUAUUCCUGAUGCAGCUGUUUCUCCCUGAUCUUCUUCUAAGAUGGUUUCUAAACAUUCUGUGAUAGAUUUUAUGUGAUUCCACAAUCCUCUUCAGACKUCUGAGAGAAGUACUCUGUUCACUAGAUCUAAAUAGCAGAAAUGYUUUCAGCUGAUGCAGUGUAGUACCUUACCUGCUGAGUUUCUGAAAGGCCUUCAUCAUCAGGUGGAAUUUGGAAGGCAGCUUUUUCAUCUACWUUAAAUACCUAUCUGUAAAAGACGCUGUAGGGUUGAACAACUGGGAAUAAGUUGGGAUGCGCUGAAACCCAAGAAGCAUUGCAAGUUUAUUUCUUCUCUCUUACCUUAAGCACUGGCACUUAMGGCUGAGUUCAGAAACUUGUGUUUAGUGAAGGCCUGUUGGCUGAAAUGCUGCUUUGCAUGUCUGCAGCUGUAUGCCAGCUCCUGAAGUGUGAAAGAUGGGAACACACUUUAUUGAGAGUAAGGAGAUAUCRCACAUAAGUAGACAUUACCUACAUCUUAAGACUGAAGAUGGAAUGAGUUCCAGUUUCAGGAUGUGGCCUWUUAGUAUAUUUAGAACCACAAAGCAGCUAACCAGUUUUUCGAAUGCAUUACUACGUAUAUUAAAGAAGAUUGUCACAUCUUGUUACAAACAUCAAUGACCAAUAAAAACAUCAGUAGUUUGUAAUAAYGAUUGGUGAUCACUGUAAUGGUGAUCAUUAGUUCUGUCUCUUCUAGUAAACUUGCAAGCUUUAUAUUUAUUAUAAAUAGUCCUUAAAUAUAUGGAAGCGUUUUAAUGGAGGAGGCAUAGAAAAACAAUGGUCAUAAUCCUAGUAUUUUCUGUAACAGAGAACUGUUAACAUUGGACCCUUAAUGGUUUGUUAGAGUUUGCAUGGGGGGGGGGGCGGAAGUCAAAGUUCUGUUUUGCAUUCAUAGAUAUCUUCAAAAGUGAUACUAGUUUUARCAUGAAUUUCAUUUACCAAUUAAUAUUGAAAUAGGCUUUGGUUUCUGAACAGGUACAAGUAUUCUUGAAUACUUGCAGUUUUCCUUCUGUGUUACUUCUAUCCUGUUUCAUUUAUAAUACUUUAUUAUUCAUUAUUAUUAAUCCUCCUGGAGGCCUUCUGUAUUUACACACCUGCUUGAAGAAUAUUGCUGAAAUCAGCAGCACUAGCAAUAGGUCUGGCUAGUUCUUCUCAAGCUCUUGUCCUUUGGAGACUCACCAUGUAAAACAAUAUGCCAAAGCCAUCAGUUACUGUACUUUUGAAACACUGCUACAAGUCU